GGAAGCCUGGCGUGCUGCAGUUCAUAGGAUCGCAAAGACUUGGAUACAACUGAGUGACUGAACUGAACUGAAUCCCUCUGCUUGGAGCCUUCUUCCCCAAACAAGCAUAAGUUCACUUUCUCACCUUCAAGUGUUUUUCCAGUCACCUACUUCAAUGACCCUGUUUAAAAAUCACUGCCUACCAAUCUCCAUUUGUUCUUUUUUCCUUAGUAAUGAUCACUUUGAGCAAAAUAUUUUUUUACUGUUGUUCCUCCAGUGUAAUGUAAAGAUUCUAUUCCCUCAAUGAAAUGUAAGCAUUCCAAAGGUAAGGAUUUUGACUCUUUUAUUCACUGGUAUAUCCCAAGCUCUUUGGCCCAGGUAGAUGCUCAAUAAAUACUGACUACGUGAAUGAACCUGAAUCCACUUUUCUGAGAUCACUUACUGCUUACAAGUAAAUCCUGAAAAGAAGAACACUGUUCAUGUCAGUUUUCUAGGCCUUCCCAUCCACCUGUAGUGAUGCUUCUCCUCCUUGGUAUCUCAGUUCUUCUGAGUCUCACAUACCAAGCUCACUGGAGCCACAGGAGCAGCAUUGACUCCAGCCUUCCAGACAGCUGUAACUGCCACAAGGAACAGGGAACACAGGUGGAGGAAGGUCUAGUUAGCUGUGGAGCAGCUUCACCACCAGCAGCAUUCUCAACUUUGGACACUAAGUGCAGAAAAUUUUAAAGCAGUAAGGAAAAGAGUGAAGGAUGAGAGGUGUUGGGCAUCAUCUCCAGGUAAAGCCAAGUGACCUUGCUUGACCCUGGAAUAGGAGGAACCCAGAAAGAUGAAUCACUGUAGAAUGGUUGAGUUGGAAUGGUGCUGGGAGUAGUGGCUGUGAUGAUUGGUCCAUUUCCCUGUCUCCUCCAAAAGAUUAUUAGUAAGUCCUGAUGACAGGAAGUCUUGCAAAGUAACUUUCUAGGCUAUUCCAUCUGUAUCUCAGAUCAGAAAAAAGCAACCCUUACCACCAUAGCCAUGGGCUUUUCCCAGAAUCAGAACCAGAGGUGCAUACAGGAGAGGAUAAAUGACAGCUGUCAUUUGGGGUAGACACCUGGGUCAAGUGUUUUAUCAGAGUCAUCACAACCUUGUGGCUAGAGGCCAGAUCUACUCUUUGAGUAUGCCGAUUCAAACUUCCUCAUUGCUAAAGAUGUUUAGGCAGGUGUACUAGCUCCACUUAAUACACUUGGAAUAUGUGAGUGGAAAGACAUGACCCUGAUUCAUUUCCUGAUCGAGGGCUACUCCCCAGCCCACACCCAAAUAAAAGCACCACAGGCCAGGCAAGCUCUUAAGGAGUUUUUGGUGGGAGAGGAGGCCCUCAGAGAUCUGAAGACCAGCGGAGGGAAGGUGUGUCCACUGAGCCGGCAUUGCAACAGGAAGACUCCUUCACGAGAGACCCCAGUCCUCCCUUCCAACUGUGCCCCCUAAGACAGAUGGCGCCAGCCAGAGCAGGAUUCUGCCCUCUGCUGCUGCUCCUGCUGCUGGGGCUGUGGGUGGCCGAGGACCCAGUCAGUGCCAGGCCUGGGAACAUGACCCCAGCUCAGUGGUUUGAAAUUCAGCAUGUGCAGCCCAGGCCUCAAGGCUGCAACGCCGCCAUGCGCAAAAUCAACAAGUUUUCCAAACGCUGCAAAGACCUCAACACCUUCCUACAUGAGUCCUUCUCCAGUGUGGCCACCACUUGUCAGACUCCCAACAAAGCCUGCAAGAAUCAUAAGAAUAACUGCCACCAGAGCCAGAAGCCUGUAUCCCUGACCGACUGUAAGCUCACCUCAAAGAGAUACCCAGACUGCAAGUACAAGGAGAAGAAACGGGUCGCUUCUUACAUCGUGGCCUGUGACCCUCCCAAGAAAGGGGACUCUGGGAAAUUCAAGCUGGUUCCUGUCCACUUGGAAAAAGUCCUUUAGGUUUCCAGCCUACCUUGUGCUUGAGCUAAUUCCCUCUUCAGACCUCUGGACCACUCCUCCACCCAGAAGGUUCUCUUCUGACAUCUCUUGGGACACUUCCUGGCUCAAGCUCCUCUGAAAAGAUAGAGGCCUGGAGGGCUGAGGUGAUACCUUAGCAGGCUAAGCUCUGGAAGAGAUGGUGAUCUCUCUACUUUUUAUUGCUGUUUUUUCAGAAGUUUAUCCCCAAUAAGCUUAAGGGUGUGGGUUCCUUGGUCUGUGCCUCGUACAUCUCUCCCGUGCCCUAUCUUCUUAUGGCAGCAUGGCACGAGGAAGAAAGGACUGGAAAAAGCGUGUAUGGGAUUUAGGAAAGAGUUACUCCGGUUCCUAAACUAGGCCUCUUCCCCAGCCCUGAUGUGGUGGUGAGGUGGCCUGUGUGCAGGGAGGCGGCCGGAAAGGAAGAGAAGGAGGCCAUAGCACAUCACAAUGAUUGGGCAUUUCAGGCUCUUCAUGGUGUGUCCACGGGCGUCCCUUGUGAGACAGACUUGACAGAGAUUACUUACUUCUUUAGGGAUGAGGAAAUUGAGGUUUCAGAUGGCUUUAUUAAUUAAAGAGCUUGUCAGGGAGGUUCGUAGCAGAAUUUGGACUUGAAACCAGGUCUCCUGACUCUGCCUGCCGUGCACUUUCUAGUUUAUCACUGGGCCCGAAAUGGAGAGCUCUGCAGGGACCAGGGGGUUACUGGGUGAGAGUUCACCCGUGAGGCAAUGUCGGGGAGCUCCGAAGAGCCAGUUACGCCAUGCUGGCUGCAGGAAAGGUCAUUACCUCUCUAGCCAAGGGACUGCUGCUGAGGUGUUCCAAGGAUCGUAAUCCUCACUCUUCCCUGCACCCCACCCCCGCCCCGCCGCUCUGCCCUCCCCUUCUCCAGCCCACUACUCUUCCGUCCUGGGCCCUGGGCCUGGCUCUGGCUGGCUGGAUCGCUUAGCCCUGAAGGCACAGUGCGUCAGGGAAGUGUCCCAGCUUCAUCCCGCUGUUCCAGGAUCACAUUUCCCUUGACCUCAAGGGACUUCCGUGGCCCAGUGCCUGCUUGUCACAAACAAGCUUGUGGGAGCUGCCAGAGCUUCCUUCCUCCCGAUAAUGAUCUCUCCUGCUUGGUGCUUCCCUGGCUCUCCGCUCUGGCUGUCCGCCCAGGCCAGAGGGGUUGAGAUGUGGAAAUGCCACCUCCCUGUCCCCCAAGGGCUGCAGACACCAGUUCUCCCUUCCUGGUGAGCAGAACUGGAGAAACUAUUGGUUUCUGUCAGCUCAGUGCUGAUAGCCUCCCACUCAUAGCCCCUACCCAGCAUUGUCUGCAGCCCUGACCAUCACCAGCCCCUUCUCUCUCUCUUAAUCUCAGUCCCAAACUUCACUAUGCCCAUGCCCACCCUAGCUGAGCACCUAAAGACUACCUUGUUAGACCUUCCCUUCCCGGCUGCGGAGUCUACUGCCUACCUGUCCCUUCCCAACACUCCAGUGUUCCUUUAUGCCUUACCAGAGUCAGGUAAGCUUUGGAGCCAGAUACAAUUGGGUAUAAAUCUUGGCUCAGUCCUUUGUGACUACAUGUCUUCAAGAAAACCAGCACCUCUUUGCAACUAUGUUUCCAUGUAUAUUGGAGUAAUACCAACUACCCAAUAGGAUUUCAAGAAGACUUAGAAAUGACAUUUUUGAAGUCUCAGUCAACCCCUGGCACUGGUAAGCAGUCAAUAAUAAUAGCUAGUAGCAGGCAGUAGUAGCAAUAACCCUAUCAUAUCCACUUUUGGCUAGACAGACCAGGUGGUUUGAGAUGGUGAGGGAAGGGAUGAUGAAAACAAUGGGGAGCAAAACAUCGAACACUUCAAGCCAAGUGUGGGGCCAAUACAUUGAUGAUCCUUAAAAGUAGAGGGGCAGUAAAUAUACUUUAUAGCCAAAUGACUGAAUGUAAAGUCUACAUAUCUAUGGUCACUGUGCUAUACAUUUAUCACUCUAAAUAGACGAUUUUCAAUGGAGGUAUAUGGAUAACCAUGACUGACGGGUAGCUGAUUUUUUGCUUUUCACUUUUUUCUUCUUUAACAACUCUUUUUAUACUAUUUAUUGAUGAUUUUUCUUAUGGAUAUUAUGGUUUUGGAAGACAUCCUCCUCAUAAAC